AUGAACAUCAUGAGUGAACUCCUGUCAGAGCAGCACAUGAAUGCGGAGCUGGCUAAGAAGCUGGGCCAGCUACAGGAGAAGCUGCAAGAGAUGAACGAAAUGGUGGAGCUGAAGAGUGAGGAGGUGAAGAGGCUGCAGCAGGAGCGGGCCGGGUACCUGCUCUAUGUGCAGCACUAUGCGGCGGCCUACCAGCUGCACGCGGCCGCCUACCAGCUGCUGAUUUCACAAAAGGAGACUCUGCACAGGGAGCUCCUGCAGCAGACCCAGGCCGUGGAUCAGCUGCAGCAGGAGAAAGUUCAGGGCGCAAUGGUGGCCGAGAGGGCCCGCCAGGAAUUGCAGGAGGCCCAGGAGCGCCUGGAAGCCACCAGCCGACAGAACCAGCAGCUCCAGGCCCAGCUGAGCCUAAUGGCCGACCCUGGGAAGGGAGAUGGAUUGGACAAGGAGGGAGCAAAGGAGGAGGAGAGACUUGAUGAGGAGGAGAGAGAGGACACACCUGACAAUAAGAUUUCUGACAAGGAGGACACACCUGACAAGAUUCCUGACAAGGAGGACACACCUGACAAGAUUCCUGACAAGGAGGACACACCUGACAACAAGAUUACUGACAAGGAGAACACACCUGACAAGAUUCCUGACAAAGAGGACACACCUGACAAGAUUCCUGACAAGGAGGACACACCUGACAAUAAGAUUCCUGACAAGGGGGACACACAUGACAACAAGAUUCCUGACAAGGAGGACACACCUGACAACAAGAUUCCUGACAAGGAGGACACACCUGACAAGAUUCCUGACAAGGAGGACACACCUAAUAAUAAGAUUCCCGACAAGGGGGACACACCUGACAACAAGAUUCCCGACAAGGAGGACACCCCUGACAAUAAGAUUCCUGACAAGGAGGACACACCUGACAAGAUUCCUGACAAGGAGGACACACCUAAUAAUAAGAUUCCCGACAAGGGGGACACACCUGACAACAAGAUUCCCGACAAGGAGGACACACCUGACAACAAGAUUCCUGACAAGGAGGACACACCUGACAAGAUUCCUGACAAGGAGGACACGCCUGACAAGAUUCCUGACAAGGAGGACACGCCUGACAAGAUUCGUGACAAGGAGGACACACCUAAUAAUAAGAUUCCCGACAAAGGGGACACACCUGACAACAAGAUUCCCGACAAGGAGGACACACCUGACAAUAAGAUUCCUGACAAGGAGGACACACCUGACAACAAGAUUCCCGACAAGAAGGACACACCUGAUAACAAGAUUCCUGACAAGGAGGACACAUCUGACAAUAAGAUUCCUGACAAGGAGGACACAACUGACCAGAUUCCUGACAAGGAAGACACACUUGACAACAAGAUUCCUGAAAAGGAGGACACACCUGGCAAGAUUCCUGACAAGGAGGACACACCUGACAAGAUUCCUGACAAAGAGGACACACCUAACAAUAAGAUUCCUGACAAGGAGGACACACCUGACAAGAUUCCUGACAAAGAGGACACACCUGACAAGAUUCCUGACAAGGGGGACACACCUGACAACAAGAUUACUGACAAGGAGGAGACACCUGACAAGAUUCCUGACAAGGAGGACACACCUGACAAGAUUCCUGGCAAGGAGGACACACUUGACAACAAGAUUCCUGACAAGGAGGACACACCUGACAAGAUUCCUGACAAAGAGGACACACCUGGCAAGAUUCCUGACAAGGAGGACACACCUAACAAUAAGAUUCCUGUCAAGGAGGACACACCUGACAAGAUUCCUGACAAGGGGGACACACCUGACAACAAGAUUACUGACAAGGAGGAGACACCUGACAAGAUUCCUGACAAGGAGGACACACCUGACAAGAUUCCCGACAAGGAGGACACACCUGACAAGAUUCCCGACAAGGAGGACACACCUGACAACAAGAUUCCUGACAAGGGGGACACACCUGCCAACAACAUUCCCGACAAGGAGGACAAGGACAUCAAGGACCACGGCAGAGUCCUGUCGGACACCCACAGCGCUGCGGAGGAGCGCACUGCAGGGCCCUCAGCCCUCCAGGAGCUUGGAGCUCACAAGCAGGGGGGUCCUUACAAGGUGAGCCUGGCCAGAAAGGAGUCCACACAGGAAGUGGCCAGGAGGGGGUCUGGUCCUGAGAGCCACACUGGUCAGCAGAUCAUGGAGCUGCUUCAGGAAAUGCAGCGCCCCAACUACGACAAGACCGGCCUGGGCGUCAACCCCUGCCUGCCCUUAUCCUACCGGAAUAAGGGAAAGAACCAAUUCAAGAUCUGGAUCGCCUAAAACGCUUACAGUGCCAGCAAGGCUUGGAGAAGUGGUGCUGCCCCCAUCCCACCCCUGCCACUCCCAGUCAGCCUUUCUCCUUAGAGUCCCAAGACAAGACCCCUCCCACCUGGGCCAGGAGUACGUCCUAAUUUUUGGAUUAUUUUCAAAUGACCAUCUUAGCAGUAUUUACAAUAAUUUUAAAUUAUUUCCCUUCUUGGAAAAAUAAAACCAAAUUUGGGGGCUGGAAGG